GUGGGGGUUGUAGCACCUCCACAACUUCAACUUAACGUUAGAUGCCUACCGUAGCAACCAAUCAGUGGAUCAGCUCCUUAAAUCUUCAGCGGCUUCAUGAACCAAGUUACCUCUUUACGUACGUCUACGGCGUGAAUCGAUAUCGUGUGUCACGAGGCUUCACUUCUCCUCUCUCUUUUUUCCUCUCUCGCCUUUCCUACUACCUAAGGACUACCAUAACCACUCUUCUUCUUUCUUGUUCUCUUUUUGCCUGCCUUCAACUUCAUUCCAUAUAACUUCACCCUUGUCUCACCCGGCUUGUGCUCUCUUUUACUUGCUAUUUUGGACCCAUUUGGAUAUAAACAACUUCCAUUGUCGGCCUUGGGGAACAACAUUCCCUCUCCUCUUCAGCACGAUUACUCCUCUUCUCUUGGGAAAUAGUGUUUUUAGGCGAGAAGCAGUCGACAUGCUCAACUGGCAUUCAGACUAUGGCAAGGAACAGCUCGGACGGCGCAGAGAUUCUUGUCCACAUCACAGCACCAAGUCGAUCAACCGAUGAUGUUUCAUAUCGACAACUUGCCCAAGCUUAUCUAUCUUUUGAGCCUCACAGGCGCACACAACUCUCUGUGAUAGAUUCGCAGACAGUUGAGGAACAACAGCGUAUGCCAGAACGAUAUCAAGGGGCGCCAUCGCCAAGUCAGACCAGGGUAACAACUUCGUUUGGACGAUCGUUUGAGAUCACAUCCCAAGAUCUAAGUUUCGAAGGAGCUAUAGACAAUCGAUCAUCACCAUGUCUACCGCGUGAGGCAUUGGCUCGGAGUGCGAUCCCCUCAUCAGACCAUACUAGUUUCGGGUCAAUCAACUCCUGGUGUGCGCCUGCGAGUCAAAUCAGUGACUCUUAUCCCAUGCCAGAUGCUGCGCUCUUAGACGUUUCACCGUCACGUAUACUACACAGCUACGUCCGAAGAACUCAGCCAUCGCAGGAACCAUAUUCGUCGCCAACUGCGCAUAAGAAGCGUCCUCCGUUACCAGAGUUUGGACUGAGAGUCGAUGUUCCCUCUUCCCUACCACCUCACAGUCAAGAAGCAACUUGGCCUGUCGAGGCCCCUGGAAUCAUAAAUAUCGUACCUACGACGCCACAAACAGACAAAGCAGCCGAGGUUCCCAUACCCUCGGCGAAUACAGAGGUGAUAGCCUUCGAGCAUUUGGCUCCAGAUAUCACUCAUAUUUCUGGCAGUGUGGUUAGCAACCACUCGCCAGCUCUAUCGCCUCGUGCAGGGUCAGAACCCCCACUUUCAAAACGAUCCAAGAUUGGACACUUGGAGCAUGGUGAUCUAGUCAGAAGCUCUAGCGAUACAGGCCCAGCUCUGUCAACGAGAAACUCUCAGGGAGACCAAGUCAGCAGUAGCUUGGAAAUCCGGCCACCAUCCCCAUCCGUGGGAGUUGACGACAUCGAUCCUGCAGAUUUGAUAUCUGAGAAGCUCGCAAAACUCGCCCGCGAUCUGUCGUCGAGAUAUCGUCCGACGACAAAACGCGAUAUCGAAGCCUUCGAACGAGGAUACUGGCUUAUCAACUGCAGUGGCUGGGACCCAGCUGUCCGGUUUGAUACUUGGGUUUUCCUCGCUAAUUAUCUCAAGAGUGGUUUGGCGGGCUGGGGAACCUGGUGUCGUAGAGACAAAACCCACGACUGGAUACGAUUAUAUUGCUGGGGCCAUGUUGUGAAACAUACAUACUUGCUCCUGUACCUUGCGAGUGGAAGACAAAUCAAGACAAGUGGCGCGAAGUGGUAUGGAGCAGAUGGUGAAGUUGCUCUGGAAAUCCCGCCUUAUGAGAAGCAGGGAUAAGUCAGAUGACUGCUCGCACCAGAUUUCAGUUUGGAUAUUAUACUCGACUUGGCAUCCUGGGAGGACUUGAACAUUCAUAUCAUAAGCGAGGCGUUUGUCGGUUUUUUUUCCUCUUUGGUCUAGACAACGCUUGCCAUCAAUCAUCGCAACUAGAUAGAGCUGCAAAGCUUGGUCCUUCAAUGUUAUAAGGCGACAUAAAUAGACAAA